AUGAGCGCAGCGCUGCUGCGGUGUCGUCCGGGCGGCUUCGCGCCUCGGUCAAUUGCACCCUUGUCCAGAAGAUUGGAAUCAAAGGCUUUUGUAACUGCGAGAUCCCCUAUUUCUCGUGCCUUGCACGUCGCCAACAGACCCCUGCAACGGCGUCCCUUCGGCCCAGCCCUCAAUGCAUCGAUCCCGAUCCGAUUCAAAUCCGAUGUCACCACUGCUGCCAAAGCCGCGACUACACGCCGAUCUAGAGCCGCGGCCAUUAUCUACAAGCUCUUCGCCUCCUUAGGAUUUUUCGUCGCCGGCACAGGUGUCGUGGUCUUCACUUUCUUUAUGUACGAUGCUAGCACAUACCGUGAGGACCUCACCUCUCAAGAUAUCCCUGUUUCCGAAUUGGCGCUGAACCCGCGUAUCGGUGGGCCGAAGAAUCUGCCCAUUGCCGAUGUCCUCGUUAGCGAUUAUGACUCGGAAAAGAUGCUCGAGCAGAAGGAUAAGCCGCGCCUGGUGAUUCUGGGUACGGGGUGGGGUAGCGUUGCGCUGCUGAAAAACCUCAACCCUGGUGAUUACCAUGUUACUGUCGUUUCGCCUACCAACUACUUCUUGUUUACGCCUAUGUUGCCUUCAGCUACGGUUGGCACGCUGGGUCUAAAGUCUUUGGUGGAGCCUAUUCGUCGCAUUAUUGAGCGUGUUGAAGGUCAUUUCCUGAAGGCUACGGCCACGGAUGUCGACUUCUCGGAGAAGCUCGUCGAGGUUUCCCAGGUGGAUAGCAAUGGCAUCAAGAGGAACUUCUAUCUCCCUUAUGAUAAGCUCGUUGUGGGUGUUGGCUGUAUCACGAACCCGCACGGUGUCAAUGGUCUGGAGCACUGCAACUUCCUGAAAACCAUCGACGACGCCCGCCAGAUCAAGAACAAGGUUUUGGAUAAUAUGGAACUCGCCUGUCUUCCCACCACCACCGACGAGGAGCGCAAGCGCUUGCUCUCCUUUGUCGUCUGCGGUGGUGGCCCAACUGGUGUCGAAUUUGCUGCUGAAUUGUUCGACCUGCUCAAUGAGGAUCUCUUGUAUUCUUUCCCUAAAAUCAUUCGGAACGAGAUCUCUGUCCAUAUUAUUCAGAGCCGGUCCCACAUUUUGAACACCUAUGAUGAGGCACUUUCUCAAUACGCCGAGGGUCGUUUCACUCGUGACGGCAUCGAGGUGUUGACCAAUGCCCGUGUGAAGGAAGUCAAGAACGACCGUGUUCUUUUCAGCCAGGUGGAAGACGGCAAAGAGAUCGUUAAGGAAAUUCCUACGGGAUUCUGUCUCUGGUCCACUGGAGUUGCUCGCGCUGAGAUUUGCGAUACCCUCUGUGCGAAACUGGACGGACAACACAACAAGCACGCCUUGGAAACUGACACCCACCUGCGUCUAAUUGGUGCACCCCUGGGAGACGUCUACGCCAUCGGCGACUGCUCCACCGUGCAAAACAACGUCGCCGGAAACAUCAUCAAAUUCCUCCGCACCAUCGCCUGGGAGAAGGGCAAGGAUCCCGAGAAGGUUCAUCUAACCUUCUCUGAAUGGCGCGACGUCGCCAACCGAGUCAAGAAGCGCUUCCCGCAAGCCUCCAACCAUCUUCGCCGCCUGGAUCGUCUCUUCAUGCAGUACGACAAGGACCACUCCGGCACCCUCGACUACGGCGAGCUGUCCGAGCUCCUCCACCAGAUCGACACCAAGCUCACCUCCCUGCCUGCCACCGCCCAGCGCGCUAACCAGCAGGGCGUGUACCUGGGCCGCAAGCUGACCAAGAUCGCGGCUGCUCUGCCUGGUCUUAGGGCCAACGAGAUCGACUACGGUGACCUCGACGAAGCGGUCUACAAGGCUUUCAAGUACAAGCACCUGGGUAGCUUGGCGUACAUUAGCAAUGCUGCUAUCUUCGACUUUGGCGGUAUGAGCUUCAGUGGUGGUGUCAUUGCUAUGUAUCUCUGGCGCAGUAUCUACUUCGCUGAGAGUGUUAGCUUCCGCACCAGGUGUAUGCUGGCCAUGGACUGGGCUAAGCGUGCCCUUUUCGGAAGAGAUCUGAUGAGCUUUUAA